AUGCAGUUUUCAACAACCAACGCACCCCAUUGUCUGGUGCAAGACAGCUUCGACGACCUAAACCCCAAGGAUUUCUUUAGACAAGAAUUCAAGUCUAAGCGACCCCGAACUGCCGAUAUUCUUCUCGAGGAACUACCACAAGGUCUUGUUCAGGAUGCUGAAGCAGCAGAUCUUGCAGGAGAUUUCUUCUCGGCCAAGCCUGAGUUAGAGUCAGACCACGAAGAACAACUCCCCGAUGGAAUCCAAGAGACCGAGGAAGAGAGACAGAAGCACUGGUUCGUCGGUAGCAUUGACCAGGGCACAACAUCAACCCGGUUCCUCAUCUUCAAUGGUCAUGGUGAGCCUGUAGCCAGCCAUCAGAUGGAAUUCGAGAACCUUUACCCUGCCUCUGGAUGGCACGAGCAUGACCCCAUGACCCUUCUCGAGUCUGCCGAGAUUUGCAUUGAGAAGGCAACCGAGAAAUUCUGUGCCCAAGGCCACAGUAUUGAGGAAAUUCGCUCUAUUGGUAUCACAAACCAGCGUGAAACCGCCGUUCAAGGGGACAACACAACUGGCGAGCCCCUUUACAAUGCUGAGAGGGGCCUGACACUCGCACGUGAGGGUGGACCAAUCUUUGUCACCGAUGCCACCAACGCCAGUCGUACUAUGUUCAUGAACCUGAAGACCCUCGAUUAUGAUGAGAACCUUCUCAAGUUCUUUGAUGUUGAUCGCACCAAGGUCAGCCUGCCCAAGAUCGUCCCUUCUUCCCACCCCACUGCCUAUGGUACUCUUUACAAGGGACCCCUCAAGGGUAUCCCUAUUGCUGGCUGCUUGGGUGACCAAUCCUCUGCCCUCGUGGGUCAGUGUGGCUUCAAGCCCGGCCAGGCCAAGAACACAUACGGUACUGGCUGCUUCCUGCUUUACAACGUUGGUAGCGAACCUGUCAUCUCCAAGACCGGUCUUCUUGCCACUGUUGCAUACGACUUCGGAAAGGGUCGCAAGCCCGUCUACGCUCUUGAGGGCAGCAUUGCUGUUGCUGGCUCUGGUAUCAAGUUCCUCGAGAACAACCUGGGCCUCAUCAAGAACUCUUCUGAGGUCGACACAGUUGCCCGGACUGUUCCUGACAACGGAGGUGUUACAUUCGUAACAGCCUUCAGCGGUCUCUUUGCCCCUUACUGGAUUGACGACGCCAAGGGUACUCUCUUUGGUGUCACCCAGCACACCAGCAAGGGACAUAUUGUGCGAGCUACUCUCGAAGCUACUUGCCACCAGACAGCAGCCAUUCUGGACGCUAUGGCAGCCGACUCGGGCCACGCCCUCGACAUUCUGGCAGUGGAUGGCGGUCUAUCUAACUCGGACCUCUGCAUGCAAACACAGGCCGAUAUCAGUGGAGUUCCUGUCGAUCGCCCCGCCAUGCGCGAGACUACUGCACUAGGCGCUGCUAUUGCUGCGGGUCUUGCCACUGGAGUAUGGAACGAGCUUGAGGAGCUUCACGAAGUCAACCGAAAGGAUCGCAAGGUCUUCUACCCUGAGGCUGAUCCCAAGACUGUUCGUCGAUCCCGACGAAGAUGGGAGCGAGCUGUCGAGAUGAGCCGGGGUUGGUUGCAGGAGGAUGAGGAUGAUGAAUAA